AGAGAGAGAGAGAGAGAGAGAGAGAGAGAGAGAGAGAGAGAGCACAGUGUGUCUGAGCAGAGACACCGAACACACCGAACUGGACUUUGCAGCUUCUUCUUCGUCUCCUCCUCAGCAGCAGCAGCAGCAUCCAGGCGUCUUGCAGCGGACCGGACCGGACCGGACCGGGUCGGGGGAGGGAUGACGGUUCGGCUCUCAGCAGAGUUAUUUCGUGCACUGCGCCGCUCUGACGCCUCCUGCUCUCUGUCCUCUCACCUGGACGGAACUAUUCAACCUGUCUGAUAUCGACCCGCAGGUGUGACCACAUUUAUCAGCAGGAUUUUCUUCAAGUAUGACAUCAGAGCCGAGUGUGGGCUGGGUCAUUCACACCUCCACAGGCGGAAUACCGGGGUAGCCUGCAGGAGCGAGCGGAGCGCGGCAGUGUGAACACCGAGCGAUGCUCCGGGUCUGUCUUUGUUUCUCCUCUCACAUCUCGGAAUGGAUCCUCGAGCAACAAGCGAGCGCGGCUGUGCGCGGCGGCUCUGCGCACACCUGACAGGAUAACGCGCUGGUGUGUCCGCGGCUGGUCUGUGUGUGUGUGAGUGUGUGUGAGUGUGUGUGAAGGCUCUACCUGCGGGAUUACAGCGGUCUAACGAGCCGACACCUGCUGUAGGACCGAGCGAGCGGCUGCGUCUCUCUGCAGGGUCGAGCUGAGGAAUGAACUCGGCUGCUGGAUUCAGAAAACUCUCCUGAAAAGUGCCUCCGCGCCUCCAGCGGGUCUACAUCCUCCAGUCGGGUCUGUGGCGGAGCCGCUUUGAUUGAACUGUCCGCGGGGAGGACCAGGAUCCAGCCAUGGGCAGGCACUCGGAUCAUCUGCCCCAGCUCAAACCGGGUUUUACAUUCCGGGUGUUGUGGAUGGUUCAAGCCUUCCUGGACCUGACCGGCUCCCAGGAGAUUUACGCACCGCACUCGAUUCGCGUGGAGGGCGACGUGACGCUGGGGGGGCUCUUCCCAGUCCACGCCAGGGGGGUCCCGGGGAUUCCGUGCGGGGACAUCAAGAAGGAGAACGGCAUCCACCGGCUGGAGGCGAUGAUGUACGCCCUGGACCAGAUCAACGGCGACGAAUGGCUGCUGCCCAACGUCACCCUGGGCGCCCGGGUCCUGGACACCUGCUCCCGGGACACGUACGCGCUGGAGCAGUCGCUGACUUUCGUCCAGGCGCUCAUCCAGAAGGACACGUCGGACGUGAGGUGCACCAACGGGGAGCCGCCGGUGUUCGUCAAGCCCGAGAAAGUUGUCGGAGUCAUCGGAGCGUCGGCCAGCUCGGUGUCCAUCAUGGUGGCCAACAUCCUGCGCCUGUUUCAGAUCCCUCAGAUCAGCUAUGCCUCCACCGCCCCGGAGCUGAGUGACGACCGGCGGUACGACUUCUUCUCUCGGGUGGUGCCUCCGGACAGCUUCCAGGCCCAGGCCAUGGUGGACAUCGUCAAGGCCAUGGGCUGGAACUACGUCUCCACCGUGGCCUCGGAGGGCAGCUACGGGGAGAAGGGAGUGGACGCCUUCAUGCAGCUCUCCAGAGAAGCAGGUGGAAUCUGUAUCGCUCAGUCUCUGAAGAUCCCUCACGACCACAAACUGUCGGACUUUGAUAAAACCAUCCGUCUGCUGCUGGACACUCGGUACGCCCGGGCGGUCAUCCUGUUCGCUUCUGACGAGGACAUCAGGGGGAUCCUGAAUGCCAGUAAGCGAGCUGAGCAGGUUGGCCACUUCCUGUGGAUCGGUUCUGACAGCUGGGGCGCCAAAAACAGUCCAAUCAACCAGCUGGAGGACGCGGCUGUGGGAGCCGUCACCAUACUGCCCAAGAGAGCCACCAUCAGCGGGUUCGAUGCAUACUUCACAUCGCGGACUCUGGAGAACAACAGGAGGAACGUGUGGUUCGCUGAGUACUGGGAGGAAAACUUCAACUGCAAACUGAUGAGCUCGUCCAAGAAGGACGACAGCAGCAGGAAGUGUACAGGUCAGGAGCGUAUCGGCAUCGAUUCCAAGUAUGAGCAGGAGGGGAAGGUCCAGUUUGUGAUCGACGCCGUGUACGCCAUGGCCCACGCCCUCCACAACAUGCAGAGGGACCUGUGCCCGGAGAACUCCGGCAUCUGCCCCGAGAUGGACCUGGCAGGAGGGAAGAAACUGCUCAAGUACAUCCGCAACGUCAGCUUCAACGGAAGUGCGGGUACCUCAGUGACAUUCAACCGUAACGGCGACGCUCCUGGACGCUACGACCUGUUUCAGUACCAGUGGAACAACGUGAGCGGGCCGGGCUACCGUGUGAUUGGACAGUGGACCGAGACGCUGCAGCUCAAUAUGGAGGACAUGCAGUGGCCCGGGGGCGAGCAGGACAUCCCCAGCUCCGUUUGCAGCCUUCCCUGUAAAACCGGCGAGAGGAAGAAGGUGGUGAAAGGAAUGCCGUGCUGCUGGCACUGCGAGCCCUGCGACGGCUACCAGUACCAGUACGACGAGUUCAGCUGCAAGCUGUGCUCCUACAACAUGAGGCCCAACGCCAACCGGACGGCCUGCCAGCCCAUCCCCAUCAUCAAGCUGGAGUGGCACUCGCCCUGGGCCGUGAUUCCAGUUUUCCUGGCGAUGCUCGGGAUCAUCGCCACCAUCUUCGUCAUGGCCACGUUCAUACGGUACAACGACACCCCGAUCGUCCGAGCGUCCGGCAGGGAGCUGAGCUACGUCCUCCUCACGGGGAUAUUUUUGUGUUACAUCAUCACCUUCCUCAUGAUCGCCAAGCCGGACGUUGGCGUGUGCUCGUUCAGGAGGAUUUUCCUCGGUCUGGGCAUGUGCAUCAGCUACGCAGCCCUCCUCACCAAAACCAACCGCAUCUUCCGCAUCUUCGAGCAGGGCAAGAAGUCGGUGACGGCGCCACGGCUGAUCAGCCCCACCUCGCAGCUGGCCAUCACCUCCAGCCUCAUCUCGGUCCAGCUGCUGGGGGUUUUCAUCUGGUUCGUGGUGGAUCCGCCCAACACAAUCAUAGAUUACAACGAGCAGAAGACCUUCAACCCAAAACUGGCACGAGGCGUGUUGAAAUGUGACAUCACAGAUCUUCAGAUCAUCUGUUCAUUGGGUUACAGUAUCUUGUUGAUGGUGACGUGUACUGUUUACGCUAUAAAGACCCGCGGGGUGCCCGAGAACUUUAACGAGGCCAAACCCAUCGGCUUCACCAUGUACACCACCUGCAUCGUGUGGCUGGCUUUUAUACCCAUCUUCUUCGGCACGGCACAGUCUGCAGAAAAGCUGUACAUCCAGACGACCACACUGACCAUCUCCAUGAACCUGAGUGCGUCCGUGGCCCUCGGGAUGCUCUACAUGCCCAAAGUCUACGUCAUCAUCUUCCACCCGGAGCUCAACGUGCAGAAGAGGAAACGCUCCUUCAAAGCCGUCGUCACGGCCGCCACCAUGUCAUCCCGACUCUCCCACAAGGCCAGCGACAGACCCAACGGAGAGGCCAAGACAGAGCUGUGCGAGAACGUCGACCCCAACAGCUAAUUUCAUAAUUUAUCAGAGGUCCAGCAGCGAAGAAGAAAUGUGUGAGCUACAACGACCUCGUGAUCUGACAGCGUUCCUCCAUCAGACUGACACAGAGAGCGAUGCUGGAGAUGUCUGGUCUCCUGCCUGCUGGCUGACCCUGAAGAAAGAAAGAAAGAAAGAAAGAAAGAAGAAUGUGUUGUUGUUUUUAUUUCAUUUCUUUGGUCUCACGUGCUCCAUUGCCCACCACUGACUUCUAAAGCAAAGCAUUGUGGGACUUUCCUUUGGGCAUAAUCACUCGGUCAAAGAGAAGCGAGGAAGAAAAAAAGACGUGUUGAAAAAAAGUGUGGAUGUUUAGAAGAUAAAAAAUGAUCCUUCUGUUGGUGAUGAUGAUGAUGAUGAUGAUGAUGAUGAGGGUGGGACUGAGGACAAACGGGUGCAGCGGCGGACAUGUUGCCCGCUGGCUUGUGGGCGGAGCUCUCGGGCUCCGUGCGUCGUCUCGUGCUGUUGAUGUCAAACGAAGCGGCCGCCUUGGCCAACGUGAUCUUUCUACGGAGCCUCUCGUCUUUUCAUGUAAUUCCAAACUGCAAGUUUUCAGCCCUGCUGUCCUCGUGUGUCGGUCUUUACUCUGUUGGCCUCCUGCGGUCGGUUGUUGGUUUGGUUUCCGUUUCAUUUUCUUUAAAGGCGACCUGAUUAUGACGUUGAUGAUGAAUCUGUUCUGCUCUUGCUUCUUGGAUGCACAUUGUUUUUUAUUGAAGCCAUAUUCUUCACUUUGAGAUUUAAGGGCUUUGCUCACGCUGCCGCCUGGAGUCUGAUUUUUGCCACUGAAAAGUCCCAACGUCCAAUCAGCUUCAUGAGAUGAGUGACAGCUGCUGCAUGGACGCACCUCAGAUGACAGUCUCACAGGUAAAUGAUUCAUUUCUAUAGAGCCGUCCACUUUACUGACCUUUAAAAUCCAGGAUUCUGUCCCAGCUUCAGUGGUACAUUGUCAGAAUCAGUGAAUAUUGUUGGUGUGACGUGAAAACGAUUCUGACAGUUUGAUUCUUUGAUAUAAAGCAGAUAAAACAGCCGGCAGAAUUAAUGCUGGUACAUGCAAACAUUUGUUCUGCUUAACCACAGAUAAGUUAAAACUUUACGUUUCUUCAGGUUCAGUUUUCAGAUUUUCUGCCAUUACAACACAGUGACGAUGGUCUGCUGACGUUCAGGCACAGAAUCAUUUGAAAAACCUCUCUGUCGCUGCAAAAUGUCCCAAGAUCUCCAGAAAAACAACCAGAAGUUUCACAUUUCAAAUGCAGACGCGACACGCUUAGUUGAAAUGUGAGGACAGUACGUAGCUCGUUACACAAACACAUUUGGACUCUGUGAGCAGCAGAACAUCAACUGCCAACAUCUGAUUCUGAGACUGAGCUGCGUACACAGGAAGGAGAAUUUAAAAUAAUGUUAAUUCUUCUACAUUGUGACAAAGUGUUAGCAGUCUGCAGUGUGUCGCUGGAGGACUUCAAGCAUGACGAGUGUCUUUUUCUGUGAGCGGAUUUAUUGAUGUUUUCUUGAUGGAAAUCAGAGAUAAUAAUUUCGUCACCUUGAAUCUAAAAAUAAGUGUAUCCAGCUGUGUGUUCAGAUUUGGCUCAGUUAUGACUUCAUGCAGGAGUCCAGAUGUAGUUUACUGAUUUUUCAUCCUGAAUCUUCCGUGAAACUUCUUCCCCGUGACGAAGACAAACUUCAUUUGUGUUCUGCGUCACGUGUUUCUGUUGCUGUCGAGCGGCCGACUGCUGCAGUCAGACGAUCUUUGCCUCCAACGUCUGUUAUAGAAAAAUGCUAAAGGGGAGCUGAGCGGUUCUGGAGCGGUUCUGGAGAGUCGUCUGACUUGGAUGACUCUCUCUUUUCAUCCCACCUUUAAGAUUUGAGUUUUCAGGAGAUCUGUGUGUGUUGGAGUGUAGUAGACAUUAAAACUUGUUGUCUUGAUUGUUCUGUUCUGAGGUUUGUUGUCUGCGAGUCCAGAAAUCUUCUCUUCAGUCGCCCAGUGUGGUAAAAACCAGACUCCUCAGCGCGCCGCGGACACAAAGCCAACACAUUUAAUACAAUGUAAAAAAAAAAAAAAAAAAAAAAACAGGCGUUAUUUUUUUUUUUAAGAAACUGUUUGAAAUGUUCGUGGUCUCAUGAUGAACGCAUCCCAUCCCAACAUGUGUGUUCCUGCUGCUGCUGCUGAUGAUGAUGAUGAUGAUGAUGACCCUAACUGUGUUGUAGCUGACUUUAAAAGAACCCGUGUGGGUCCAGGCGUCACUGGGUUUGUGCUGGUGAUUUCAUGGACUUCUGAUCCAACAGAAGGUGUUGAUGUCAAGGUUGUCACUGCAUGCCUGAUAUGUUCGAUGUUGAAACAGAAUCUGAAAAAAAGUUUAAAUACUGAAUCCUCACGCCACCGUUGAUCCACCUGUCUGCUCUGAAUUGUACUGUUUUUGAUUUCUGUUCUGUUUCUUCUCCACUGAGACGUUCUCACACAGCAGAAUUUGGCUUUGAUCGGUUUCUUAUUUUCCUGGGAACUUCGGGAAAUGGAGAAAAAGAUAAAUAUAUAUUUAAAAAAAACUAAAUACUUGUUAAAAAAAAAAAAAAAGGAAGCAUGUAUGUUUUCUACUGUUUGUACUCGGUAUAUUCAUGUUGCCCUUGCUGCUUAUGUGCCAAUGUUGUGGGAGAGAUUUACAUUCGGCCACUCAUGCAACUAUUCUGUGGUGUUGUCCAAGAAUGUAUCAACAUGAAAUAAAAAACAUUUGGUUA